AUGUCUUUGAAAGAUUUUUAACUGCUGUCUAAAUUAGGUAAGUUUUAUUUCAUGGAUAUUAUUAGGAGAGGGAGCUUAUUCAUCAGUGUACAAAGUAAAAAGAUUGGAGGAUUCUUAAGAAUAUGCUUUAAAGAAAGUUAAAUUAUAGAACUUGAAUGAUAAAGAAAAACAAAAUGCUAUGAAUGAGGUUCGCAUUUUAGCCUCUAUCAAGCAUCCUAAUAUUAUAAGUUAUAAAGAAGCUUUUAUUGAUAUCCAAAGUAACUCAUUAUGGUAAAAUCUAUAAUAAAUUACUGUUAGUAUUGUGAUGGAAUUUGCAGAUGGUAGUGAUUUAUAUUAGAAAAUUGUUAACUCAAAGAAAAAUGGGAAAUAGAUAGAGGAACAAAUUAUUUGGAAUAUUUUUAUUUAAAUAGUGAGAGGAUUGAAAGCAUUGCAUGAAUUAAAAAUUUUACAUAGAGAUCUAAAAGUAUAAUAUAAAAUAAUAUUAUAAAGAGUGCAAAUGUAUUUUUGUAUUAAAAUGGAGAUGUAAAAUUAGGGGAUAUGAAUGUUUCUAAAGUUGCAAAAAAAGGAUUAUUGUACACUCAAACAGGAACACCCUUUUAUGCAAGUCCUGAAGUAUGGAAAGAUUAACCUUAUGAUCAGAAAUCAGACAUUUGGAGUUUGGGAUGUGUUGUGUAUGAAAUGGCAUCUCUAAAACCUCCCUUUUAAGCAGAGGAUAUGGAAGGAUUAUAUAAAAGAGUUAUAAGAGGAUAUUAUCCUAGAAUUUCAUAAAAUUAUUCUCAAGAUCUCAGUAAUGUAAUAAGGUCAAUGUUGUAAGUAUAACCACAUUUGAGACCAAAUUGUGACAAAUUAUUAUAAUUUCCAUCUCUUUUAAAAAGAUAGGAUGAUAUGCCUAAAUAAGAAUAAACAGAUAACGAACCUAAUACAUUAUUGUCAACUAUUAAAUUUCCUAAAAAUUAUCAUUAUUUUACAUCUAUGUUACCUAAACCAUGUUAUGAAUGUGUCAAUAGAAAAUAAAUAAAAUCAUUACAUUCUCAAUAAGCCAGUCCAAAUCCAAGAUCUUUGAUGAGUGUGAAUGGCAGUUAUGAUGAUGUAACUAGUUAAUAGACUAUUGAUAAAAAAGACUAAAUUAAUAAUAAUCGUAAAGCUUAACCAGAUGUUUUAUUGAUAUUAGAAUAAUAUAAUAAGGUAUAAUAUUUUUAAUCAUUAAAAAUUAGUAAUUAAGAAAACCAGUCAUGAAAGUUAGACCAAAUAGACAUUAAAGUUAAGAGGAAGUAAGUGUUUUAGAAGUCAUAACUCAACAUUAAUCUAAACUAUCCUUGGAGAAUAAUAGAUUGCCAAUACUUGAUGAAGCUUCUCCUAUUAAAAGAAAAGCUAAGCCUAAUAAACAUAGAAACUAAAGUUUACCUAAUGCAAAUUUACUCCCACUUAUAUAAGCAGGUGUAUUAAAAUGA